GCCUCCCCCCCGCUCCGGGCUGCUGCCGCUGCCGCCUCCCCGCCCGCCGCCACCUGCCUCUCCCUCCGCUGCGCCGCUGCCGACCUGAGGCCCUGGGCAUCGGCUUAUCUUCGCGCUGCGCCCGACCGAAAUGGAGCCGUCCGCGGGAAGCCGCCGGGAGUGAUCCCCGCUUCCCCACCGACCCACUGGCCGCCCCCUCGGCGCCCGCGGUCGCUCCGAUGGAGCUGGAGGAGACGCCGCUCGCCCCUCCGAAGACCAUGCUGCUUAUGCUGAGGAAAGUUCGCAGGAGGCGGGAGAUGCUGCUGCAGCAGCUGGGCUUCAUCUGCGCCAUCCUCUUCUUCGCCUGGUGCAUGUCCAGCCUGCUCUCCAGAGCGGGCCAAGAAUCAGCUGUUGCAGACAGAAGCAUUAUAUCAGGAAUAUGGAGGAAUAGAAGGUUGAUGGCAUCACCUAACGGGACGCAUGAAGAGAAGAACUGUACAGAGCCAGCCAUUAAUGAGUUUCCUGAAGAUAUAUUUACAAAUAAAGAACGUCAGCAAGGAGGAAUUCUGCUUCAUAUCAUUGCUGCUCUUUAUAUGUUUUACGCUUUGGCCAUAGUAUGUGAUGACUUCUUUGUUCCAUCCUUAGAGAAAAUUUGUGAGAAACUACAUUUGAGUGAAGAUGUUGCUGGAGCCACAUUCAUGGCAGCAGGGAGCUCCACCCCAGAAUUGUUUGCAUCUGUUAUAGGUGUAUUUAUCACUCAUGGAGAUGUAGGAGUUGGGACCAUUGUUGGUUCAGCAGUUUUCAACAUCCUCUGCAUUGUUGGUGUCUGUGGACUGUUUGCAGGACAGGUGGUUUGUCUCACCCAGUGGGCUGUGUUCAGGGAUUCUGUGUACUACACAAUAUCAGUGAUUGUACUUAUUGUGUUCAUAUAUGAUGAGAAAAUAGAAUGGUGGGAAAGCCUUGUACUCAUCAUUAUGUAUUCAUUCUACAUACUUAUCAUGAAGUACAACGUGAGGAUGCAAAAUUUCUUCACCCUUAAAAGCAAGAAUGUUGGAAAUGGUGACACAGUCAACAAUGAGCUGGAAGAUGUGAAGGGGAUACAGCAGUAUGGCAAAAACAGUGUUGUGAUGGUGGAUGAGAUAAUCUGCUCCAGUCCUCCCAAAUACCGGUUCCCUGAAGCUGGAUUACGGAUUAUGAUCACAAAUAAGUUUGGACCACGCACCAGGAUGCGGAUGGCGAGCCGGCUCAUCAUUAACGAGCGCCAGCGGUUAAUCCAAUCUGCCAAUGGCUCAAGCAAAGCACUUCAGAACAGGAGACAGGAGAAUAUUGAAAAUGGAAACAUCCCUGUGGGGAACCAAGAAGAGGAGAAUGAACAGGACAGUCUAACUCCAUUUUCAGUGCCAGAGGGAAAAAUGAACAAAAUUAAAUGGCUUUUGACAUGGCCGUUGAUAUUUGUGCUGUUUGCCACAAUUCCAAACUGCAGCAAACCACGCUGGGAGAGGUGCUUUAUGCUGACAUUUGUCUUGUCCACUCUCUGGAUUGCCCUGUUCUCCUACUUCAUGGUGUGGAUGGUGACUGUGAUUGGAUACACCCUUGGGAUACCAGAUGUGAUCAUGGGCAUUACUUUCCUGGCUGCAGGAACAAGUGUCCCAGACUGCAUGGCCAGCUUAAUAGUAGCAAGACAAGGCCUUGGUGACAUGGCAGUAUCCAAUACAGUAGGGAGCAAUGUCUUUGACAUUCUGGUGGGACUUGGUGUUCCAUGGGGUUUGCAGACCAUGGCGAUCGAUUAUGGAUCAACUGUUAAAAUUAACAGCAAAGGAUUGGUUUAUUCAGUUGCACUUUUGCUAGGAUCAGUGGCACUAACUGUGUUUGGAAUCCAUUUUAAUAAGUGGAAACUUGACAGGAAGUUAGGCAUCUACGUGUUGCUUCUUUAUGCUAUUUUCCUGUGUUUAUCGAUAAUGAUAGAGUUCAAUGUCUUCACCUUUGUCAACUUCCCUAUGUGCCGAGAAGAACUCCCUGUCAGAGAUGCCAGUGAAGAGGGGAAGGAGACACAUCUCUGUCAGGCCAGUGCUGUGCGAAAUUGCCUCCAGCUCCCAGGGAUCAGCAUCCUUGACAAACUCAUCAAGACGUGUCCUGUGUGGCUGCAGCUGAACAUGAGCCAGGAAAGGGCUGGGGCGAUCCUUGGCAAAGAAACAGCAGGGAUAUUCUUAGUUAGGAAAGAGGGUAAUGUGAGCAACAUGGUCCUUGCAGUCCGCCUGCCAGUGCAGAACGAGGCUCCUGCUGUGCUGGAGUACAACAUUAAAGAAGAAAAAUCAAUCCUGUACCUGGAAGGAUCUGUCCUUGUAUUUGAGGAUGUUUUCAAAUUGGUUGCCUUCUACUGUGUCAGCAGGGAUUUGCUGCCCUUUACCCUGAAGCUGCCACAAGCAAUAUUAGAAGCCAGUAGCUUUCAAGACCUUGAAAUUAUCUCUAGUCUGGGGAUAGAUUUCUGGGAUUCCUACUUAAACCACAAGAGACAGGACUCAUCCCACCCUGCAAAAGACUCUGCUUUCAGCACUGCCCAGGCAGACAGUUUAAGAACUACCCAGUGUUUUGCAAGUAGCACAAACCACUGCUCAUGUGAAAUUGAGCUGUCAAUAGGAAAUGACAGGCUGUGGUUUGUAAAUCCUAUUUUUAUAGAAGAGUACAGUAAUCCUUGUCCUCCAGAUGUAUCUUCUCCUAAAGGCCACUCUGGGAGCACUGAACUGCCCCCUGCCACCAUGCUUACUGAAAAGAGGUCUCCUCGACGUCCUCCGCCCCCUCCACCCUCUCAUGGGCUCAUUCAGAAACCUUCCCUGAAGCUCCCACAGGACCCCAUGACUGCCUGUGAAGAAAACAAGCUACUUAUUAAGCCACUAGGAAAGAGUUUCGAGGAAAUGCAAACGGAGGGUGGUGACGAUAAAGAAGAAAGGAAGCAGAGCUCCUCGGCCAGCGCGCCCGUGGCAGGGAGCCCCAGGAAGGGCUCCCAGCCCUCUGCUCCCCCGCGGCGGCGGCCGAGCGAGAGGACCUCAGAGGAGAGCUCUGUGGGUAACCCUGAAAAUUGUGAAACGCUGAAAGGGGAAGGGACAGAAGGAAACCAAGACACAAGUGCAGAGAGCAGAGAUAAAACACUGCUGUGCAAAAAGUCUGUAGAGAUACCUGGGGAGGUUCCCAAAAAGGCUGUAUCACAGUUUCAGGAGACAAAGCCUGAACCUACAGAGAAGAAGGAGGACAUGCCUAAGAUACAAAGCAAUGCCACUGAGAAAGGAAAGUCACCUCCUGUCCCACCACCGAGAAGGAAGAGAAUUUCCCAGGUACCGAGGACCCCCAGCUCCUGCCAGCCGAAGCAAAGAACAGCGGGAGAGACUGGUGUGGCUGCAGGGCCGGCUGUGUGCAAGGGCAGCCCAGCCACAGGGACGGGUGCUGCCACUUCCACACACACCAAGACUGAGCCGGGACACAGCCACAAAUCUGUCGGCUCAGCUGAACUGGCAGGGUCACACUUGUCCCUGGAGGACCUGGGAGGCAGCACCGUGGCUCAGGCAUCAACAUCUGAGCCAGACUCCUACUCCACCAGCAGCACAGAGGAUGACCUGGAGAUGCUGAGUGGUUCAUCUGGUAAAAAGACACGCUCCGUGAUCUUGGCCAAGGCCAAAAACAGGCUGUCCUUGGUGAACCUGUCCAACGUCUUCACAGUCUUUUUGUCUAGCGACAGGAAGCUGCAGAAGAAGAUAGUGGAGCUGGCACAGGACAAGGAGUCCUACUUUGGCAACCUGGUGCGGGACUACAGAGUGUACAGUUUGGAGAUGAUGGCAAAGCAGAGCUCCAGCACAGAGAUGCUACAGGAGAUCCGGCUGAUGAUGACUCAGCUGAAGAGUUACUUAGUGCAGAGCACUGAGCUGAAAUCCCUGAUAGACCCAGCCUCCUACACAGAGGAACAGUUAGAAGUGAUUGCUGAGACAGCUUUGUACAAAUGUGUCCUGAAACCUUUAAAGGAAGCCAUUAAUUCUUCCUUAAAAGAAAUACACAGCAAAGAUGGAUCUUUACAGCAGCUGAAAGAGAACCAACUUGUGAUACAAAACACAACUACCACUGACCUGGGUGUCACAACCAGUGUGCCUGAAACUGCUGUGCUGGAAAAGAUCCUUCACAAGUUCACAACCAUGCACAAGACCUACUCUCCAGAAAAGAAAAUUGCCAUCUUGCUGAAGACCUGCAAACUCAUCUAUGACUCCAUGGCUCAGGGAAAUCCAGGGAAGCCCUAUGGUGCAGAUGAUUUCCUCCCUGUGCUCAUGUAUGUGCUGGCCCGCAGCAACUUGACUGAAGUCCUUCUGAAUGUGGAGUAUAUGAUGGAGCUCAUGGACCCUGCUCUGCAGCUGGGAGAAGGCUCCUAUUAUUUAACCACCACCUACGGGGUCCUGGAGCACAUCAAGAACUAUGACAAAAUCACUGUGACACGGCAGCUGAGCAUGGAGGUUCAGGACUCCAUCCACCGCUGGGAGCGACGGAGAACGCUGAACAAGGCCCGGGCUUCCCGCUCCUCAGUGCAGGAUUUCAUCUGUAUCUCCUUUCUGGAAAUCAGUGGUCAGUCGAGGACCCUUGCUUCCCGUCACGAUACCACAGCUGAGCAGCUGAGCCAGCAGUGUGCCGAGAAGUUUGAAGUGUCCCAUCCCAAGGACUAUGGACUCUUUGUUUAUGUUGAUGACCAGUGGCUGCAGCUGGACAAAGAUGCCCUUCCACACCACAUCAAAGCCUCCCUUCUGAAGAGUGAAACCAAGAAAGAUUUCCAUUUUAUUUAUAAACCAAUUGACCAUAAAACCCCACCAGUUCAAAUUGUCAAAGAGUCAGACUUUUCCUAAGGGCCAUGCUGCUUUUUUUCUAUCUUUGCUGUCAUCCUGGAAGAGCUGGAUAAUUUACCUUGUGAGAUCCUCUGGUAUCUGCAAACCUUGGGAGUUCUCUGGAGUGUGGUCUUCAACAUAGGGCAGAUGGGCUAAUGCUAGAUGGUGUCUGAACACACGGCAUUUCUCGGUAGAGGUCAUUUGCAGAAGUAAAAGGAACAUUCAGGAGAACACUCAUCCUCUGGAAAACUUGAAGUGUCAAGCCUCAGAACCUCUCAGCUGCAACCAGCCAACACUGCAGAAUGUAAAUGAACAGUAGAGAAAAUCCAGAGAUCUUGCAAAAAAGUGGACAUUUACUUUAUAAUAAACGAUGGCAGGUGUGAAUCACAUCUGUGCACAAGGCCUUUGAAAGGCCUGCACACACCUCAAUCUGUUUGGAGGUAAGAUUGUGUUUGUGCUUUAUGGUAUCUGUUCACCCAGUUUGAAUAAACUGGGUCUUGUCUGAUGUAUUCAGUGGCAUAGGGCUGCCACCUGUAGCAGAGCUCCAUCUCUGUCCUGCUGUCAACAACGUCUUUGC